UCGCUUCCUGUUCCGCGUCACGUGGUGAGGGCGCGGGGUGGCUUCGGUGGCCGCCAUGUUGUGCGGCCACACGGCGGGACGGGGAUGGCGGGGACCGGGAGUAACUGGUUGUCCGGGGUCAACGUGGUGCUGGUCAUGGCCUACGGCAGCCUGGUCUUCGUGCUGCUGUUCAUCUUUGUGAAGCGGCAGAUCAUGCGCUUUGCCAUGAAGUCCCGGCGCGGCCCACACGUCCCCGUGGGGCAGCACGCCCCCAAGGAUUUAAAGGAAGAGAUCGACAUCCGGCUGUCCAGGGUGCAGGACAUUAAGUACGAGCCCCAGCUGUUGGCUGAGGAUGACAGCAGGCUGCUGCAGCUGGAGACACAAGGCUGCUACAACUACUUGUACAGGAUGAAGGCGCUGGAUGCGAUUCGAACAUCAGAAAUCCCUUUCCACGCAGAGGGCAGAUACCCCAAAUCUUUAAUAGGGAGGAAUUUCUGUGCCUACCUGCUGGAACUGAGGAACUCCAGCGGCUCCUUUAAAGGCAUCCGCAAAGCUUUGAUCGACACGUUGCUGGACGGGUAUGAGAACGCCCGCUAUGGCACCGGGGUCUUUGGGAAACCGGAAUAUCUGAAGUACCAGGAAGCUCUGAACGAGCUGGCGAACAUGACCAAGGCACGGGCAGGCAGCAGCCAGAGGCAGCACCAAUCUGCAGCCAAGGACCUGACUCUGUCCCCUGAAGUCUCCAACCCAGCCACCAUCCAGGUGACCUACCUUCCUUCCAGCCAGAAGAGCAAACGUGCCAAACACUUCCUGGAGCUGAAGAGCUUCAAAGAUAAUUACAACACGUUGGAGAGCACGCUGUGAGCUGGGACCUUCCACGAGCAGAGCCCUGUGUUGGACACAGCAAAACAAGUUGGGGGGGGGGUUUGUGCUUUGGGUCCCUCUCAUGGGACAUAGGGCUGGAGAGGAGCCCCCCCCCCUUCCCCAGGAGCCUCUGUCCCCCUUUGGGAUGCUGCAGGAUGGAUGUUCAAUGGCAGCCUGUGAAUAGACUUUGGUUAUUUAGCUUAUUUAUAAGACAUUGAUCCCGGCCCAGCUCUCUGCUCUGCUGCUCUUCCCUAUGGCGGCCGGUAGGGGCUGAUGCUGUCUGUCUGUCCGUCCUGUGUGUGGAUCUCAGGCUGAUCUGAGGGUUGAAUUCUCUCCUUUCCCUCUCAUCUCAACGGGGCAACACAGUGUGUAAAUAGGGGACCCGCGUUGGGCUGCGGUUUGUUCAGCAUUAAGGGGCACAUGGGGCAAACGCAGCCCUUAAAGGGGGGGGUCCCCCCACUCACCAGCACCGUGUGCCACGUGGGGUGGAAACGAGCCCCUGCCCUGGGCCCUGCACUCUUUUUAAUUGCUGUUUAAUAAAACGAAUCCCCCCCCC